AUGGCCACCCCUCUGACAGCUCCGCCCCUCACCUCCCCUCGCACAUCUGACGCCCUCACCACUACGCUCCUCUCCCUCUCCUCCUCCCUCUCCUCGGCCUUCGAAAAGAUCCCCGGCUCGCCCAUCCUCACACGAUACAUUGCCUCGUCCUACCAGAAUGACCCCUUUCGCUCUCUGCUGGAGCUGUUCCUCCUCGCCUUUGCGAUCAGGACCGUCCUGCAGAGUAGAACGAGGGCGAGCGCUAGUGGGUCGAACUUUGUCAAGUUGGACGACAAGGAAAUCGAUGACCUAGUCAGCGAGUUCAAUCCUCUCCCACUCUGUGAGCCCCUCACAGCCUCAGAGGAACAAUCCCUCGCCGCCGUACCUACCAUCAUUGGCGGCAACUCCCCGCACCCGAAGAUCUCCCUGCCGCACGUACACGGAGGCAAGCCGAGGGAGGUCGUCAACCUGGCGAGCUACAAUUUUGCUGAUCUGGCUGGGGAUGAGAGAGUCAAGGAGGCGGCCAUCAAAACUCUGAGGACUUACGGAGUGGGAAGCUGUAGUCCUCCUGGCUUCUAUGGGACGAUUGAUGUCCACAUGGCUCUCGAGUCGGACAUCGCCCGCCUCCUCGGCACGGAGGCGGCCAUUAUCUACUCUCAGGGCUUCUCGACCAUCUCCUCCGUCAUCCCGGCCUUUUCCAAGCGAGGCGACAUCAUCGUAGCGGACAAGGGGGUCAACUUUGCCAUUCAAAAGGGCAUCGCCAUCUCGCGCUCGACCGUGCGAUAUUACGAUCAUAAUGAUAUGUCAUCCCUGGAAGCCACGCUCAAAUCCGUUGUUCAGCAAUAUAGACGCAAGAAGCCUCUCACCCGUCGCUUUAUCAUCACGGAAGGUCUCUUUGAGAACGACGGGCAGAUCUCCAACCUCAAGCGACUCAUCGAGCUCAAGCGCAAGUACAAGUUCCGUCUCAUUCUCGACGAGGGCCUCUCCUUUGGCACGCUCGGCCGCACAGGACGAGGACUGACAGAGCUGCACGACGUACCUGCGAGCGAGGUGGACAUGAUCGUUGGUAGCAUGGCGAACACGCUGGGCUCAGCAGGAGGAUUCUGCGCGGGCAGCAACGAGGUGGUGUUCCAUCAGCGUAUCAACGGCCCGGCCUUCGUCUACUCGGCAGCGCUGCCCGCCAUGUUGGCCGUGGCGGCUAGUAUAGCCAUUGCCAAGAUCUCGCGCAACGACGAUGAUGUAUUGACGCGGCUGCGGGAGAACACGAGGGCACUGCGAGCCGUACUCGACAAGGUGGAGACUCUUUACAUCCCUAGUGAUGCGGAGAGCCCGGUCAUUCAUCUGCAGGUCAGAGCCAAGGGGCACAGGCAUCCGGAUACGCCUCAGGGCAAGUUUGACGCGGCUGCAUCGUCAUCAUCGUCAUCAGCCAUGGUGCCCACCAACAGCUCGGCAGCGGACGGUGAAUCGCGCAACCUCCUCGACCCGCACCACGACCUCUCCCCGACUGCUCAGCUGGCUCUACUCCAAUCCAUCCUCGACGAGGCCCUCGAAUCCGGGCAUGUCAUGCUGUCCCUCCGCAAGAAGCUGCCGAGCAUUAAAGCCGAAGUGCUGGAACGCGGCGUGCUGGCGAGGCCGAGCAUCAGGAUAGCGGUCACUGCUGGUUUGAGUAGGAAGGAGGUGGAGAAGGCUGGACAGGCUAUCAAGGCGGCGUGUGGGAAGGUCUUGGGGAAGAGGAGGGUGUGA